UCGAGUUUAUUUUUUGAAGGAUCGUUUUUUUUUGUUUUAUUUUCUUCGUUAUUAAUUGAUUUUAGAUUUUAUCUUAAUCAAUUUUCUCAUCGAAAAAUGGCUGACGAAUUGAGAACGACGAUUCCACAAGAUCUACGUCAUCUUCGAGCAUGUUUACUAUGCUCACUUAUCAAGUCAUUCGAACAAUUUGAAUUUCAUGGCUGUGAUAAUUGUGAAGAUUUUUUGGGAAUGAAAAAUAAUCGUGAAAUGGUCUAUGAUUGUACAUCGAAUAAUUUUGAUGGUUUAAUUGCAUUGACAAAUCCCGAAGAUUCCUGGGUGGCUAAAUGGCAAAAAAUUGGUCGAAAAUGUGUCGGUAUAUAUGCGAUUAGCGUAUCUGGUCGUUUACCAGCGGGUAUUGUUCGUGAAUUGAAAAAUCGUGGUGUCGUAUAUCGUUCACGUGAUCGUUCAUCAAAUGUUUAAUUUUAUAUUAUAAUAAUUUUCUCAUGAAGCAAAAAAAAAUUCAUACAGAUCAAAGCAUGUGUAUAGAUGUGUGAAAAAAUAUUCUGUAAAUUUCAA